GGCCUCCGGGCGUUCCGGGAGGCCGAUGCCCGAAGCUGGCAGAGCCCGGUGCACUCGGCCCGCAGCCUGCACGCACCGCGGUGCGGGCUGCACCCUUGGGUCCCCACGGCUCUAGAGCCGAACUUGCGUCCCUGAGUCUCAACAGGUCAAGGGAGGUGACGAGGACGCCCCAGCCGGGACUGGAGGACCCAGGAGCUGGAAGAUGAACACCUUCCACUGACCAACAACAAUGGCAUUCAAGGACAGCAGCAGCAGCAGCUUGUACAAUGAAGAUAGAAACCUGCUUCGGAUUAGAGAGAAGGAAAGACGCAACCAAGAAGCUCACCAAGAGAAAGAGGUGUUUGCUGAGAAGACCCCGCUGUUUGGAGAGCCCUACAAGACUGCAAAAGGUGAUGAGCUGUCGAGUCGGAUACAGAACAUGCUAGGCGACUACGAAGAGAUGAAGGAGUUCUUGAGCGCCAAGUCUUGCCCUCAGCGCCUGGAUGGUUCUGAAGACAGGCCCGGGAAGCCGAGAUACCCUCCCUUUCACGACAGGGCGGGCAGCCUGGCCCCCCUCUCCUUCCGCACGCACGUCUACCACCACCAGCCUGUCCAUACUUCUUCUGCCCCGGGAUCCCUUUCUGUCGGUAACGUUAGCCACAGUCCAAAGAGGGCACCGCCAAGGAUGGAAUCGGUGCCGGGUCUCCAUGCCAAGCACUAUGGCCCGCCCGACAGCCAGCGCCUGACUCAAGACCGCCUCAGUCAGGAGGGGCACUGUUCCAGCCACAGAAAGUGUGACCGCAGAGCUGACGGUGGCGGUGACUCGGCUCCUCCGGAGAUGAAGCUCUCCCCCUUGAUCUCCUCUCUGCCUUCGCCGGUGCCGCCUCUGUCACCUGUACAUUCCAGGCUGCAGGGACCCGGCAAGGCCCGCGGUGGUGGCGGCUCCAGCUCCAGCAGUAAAAGCUACUGCGCAGCCGCGUCUUCCAAGGACCUGGUGGCGAAGGUGCAAGAUAGCGAGACUGCCCACGACAGUCUGGUGGCAGUUACCAGCCUUGGGGUGGCCCCUCCUCAGACCUUUCCACCCCCUCCCCUGCCCUCCAAGAGUGUUGUUGCAAUGCAGCAGAAGCCCACGGCCUACGUCCGGCCCAUGGAUGGUCAGGACCAGGCUCCCAAUGAGUCCCCCGAGCUGAAGCCGCCCCUGGAAGACUACGGUCAGCAGAGCUUCGAAAAACCAGACGCCAAAGUGCCCGCCAAGGCCAAGCUCACCAGACUGAGGAUGCCCUCGCAGACGGUGGAGCAGACACUCUCCAAUGAAGUUCACUGUGUUGAAGAGAUUCUGAAGGAAAUGACCCACUCAUGGCCCCCUCCUCUGACGGCCAUACACACGCCUAGUACAGCCGAGCCGUCCAGAUUUCCUUUUCCUACAAAGGAUCCUCUGCACGUCAGUACUGCAACCCAAAGCCAAAAACAAUAUGAUACGCCUUCCAAAACCCAUCCCAGUUCCCAGCAAGGAACAUCCAUGCUCGAGGACGACCUGCAGCUCAGCGACAGUGAGGAGAGCGACAUUGAACAGGCUGCAGAGAAGCCUCCGUCCCCAUCCGCACCUCCAAGCGCUCCCCAGACGCUUCCGGAACCAGUGGUGUCGGCACAUUCCAGUGGUGCGGAGUCGGAGAGCAGCGCGUCGGACAGCUCCUCGGACUCGGAGAGCGAGAGCAGUUCCAGCGACAGCGAGGAGAACGGCGACGAGCCCCUAGAAACCCCGGCUCCCGAGCCUGAGCCUCCGACAACAAACAAGUGGCAGCUGGACAACUGGUUGACCAAGGUCAGCCAGCCCUCGGUGCCCCUCGACUGUCGGGGGAACACAGAGUCUCCACGCUGGCGCCAGGAGAGCAAGGAUGGCGAGCGCAGUUCUGACCAGCAGCACCCGGAGUCCAAAGACCCUCCCCCCAAGAGUUCCAGCAAAGCUCUCCGAGGGGCCACUGAGGGGCCCCAGCCCGGGAAGAGGAGCUGCCAGAAAUCCCCUGCUCAGCAGGAGCCCCCACCUCGGCAAACUACCGGAGCCAAGCAACCCAGAAAACCGGCCAAGGGCUCUAGCCAGGCUGAGCCCCAGGCCAACGUGCAGGUGGACGGUGAACCUGGACCCUUUCCCUAUGGCUCAAAAGAGCAGACUUCCAAAGACAAACCCAAGGUGAAGACGAAAGGCAGGCCUCGUGCUGUGGGCAAUAGGGAGCCUAAGCCUGAGGCUCCUGCGCCCAAGCCCCAGGCAGUCGUGCCCAAGCCGCAGGCAGCGGGGCCCACCCCCAACGAGAAGAGGAAGCACAAGAGUUCUCCGGCCCCCUCCAAGGCGCUCUCAGGCCCUCAGCCUCCAAAGGACAAUGCUGGGGACAGGAACCCUGAGCACUUUGCUCUUGUCACCUUGUCCCAGAGCCAGGGUCCACCCCACGGCGGCAGGGGCGGCAGUGGCGUCAGGACUAGUGGCUGCCGACAGGCGGUGAUUGUCCAGGAGGACGGCCGGAAAGACAGACUCCUGUUACCCUUGGGAGACACCAAGUUGCUCUCACCACUCAGGGACGCUCCACCACCGACGAGCUUGGUGGUGAAGAUAACCCUCGACCUUCUCACCCGGAUUCCCCAGCCCCCGGGGAAGGGGGGUCGUCCUCGGAAAGCGGAAGACAGGCAGCUGGCAGCAGCGAAGAAGCCGGACUCCGAGAAGAGGAGCUGCGUCAGCCCCAGCAGAGGGAGCAAGAAGAGAAAGCAGGCUGACUCAGAGAAAGACCAUGAUAACAAGAGAGUCAGACUGGAGAAGGAAGUCCAGCCACACUGUGCUCCUUCAUCUUCCCACCCCGAAUCUUCCAAAACAAAGACACCCAGGCCCUCCUCAGAGUCCUCCAGAAAGGAAAUGCUUCCUCCUCCACCUGUGCCAUCCUCCUCCUCCUCGUCAUCCUCCUCCUCCCAGAAGUCAACCAAAACUGCACAUAAGCGGUCAAAGCCGGACGCAGACACCUGUAGUCAGGACCCUCCCAAAAGUGCCAGCAGCACCAAGAACAACUCCAAGGACCCUUCCGUUCCCAAGCACAGAAAAGUGCAGGCCAGGGGCUCCGAGUACAAAGGGUCUUCUGGAGAAGCUGCAAACCCUUUCCCAGUGCCUUCUUUGCCAAAUGGUAACUGUAAACCAGGGAAGCCACAAGUGAAGCCUGACAGACAGCAAGCUGACUCUCACAUGAAGGAGGCUAAAAAGUUGAAGUGCAAAGCAGAGGCCAUGGCGGACAAGGCUGGAAAGGCCUUCAAGUAUUUGGAAGCUGUCCUGUCCUAUAUCGAGUGUGGGAUGGCCACCGAGUCAGAAAGCUCGGCCAAGUUGGCGUACGCUGUGUACUCGGAAACUGUAGACCUCAUUAAGUUCACAAUGUCACUAAAAUCCUUCUCAGAUACCACGGCGCCAGCACAAGAAAAGAUAUUUGCCGUUUUAUGUUUGCGCUGCCAGUCUCUGGUGAACAUGGCGAUGUUUCGCUGUAAAAAGGACGUGGUCAUGAAGUAUUCUCGCACGCUCAGUGACCACUUCAAGAGUUCUUCCAAAGCGGCCCAGGCACCUUCUCCAUGCAUGGCAAGAAGCACAGGCGUUCCGUCCCCCCUCUCCCCGACGCCUUCUCCUGCCAGCUCCGUAGGGUCCCAGUCAAGUGCUGGUAGCAUGGGGAGCAGUGGGGGGCCGGCCACCAUCAGUACCCCGGUCACCAUCCAGAACAUGACCUCCUCGUACGUCACCAUCACAUCCCACGUCCUUAAGGCCUUCGACCUUUGGGAACAGGCGGAGGCCCUUACAAAGAAGAAUAAAGAAUUCUUUGCUCAGCUCAGCACAAAGGUGCGUGUCUUGGCCCUCAACAGCAGCCUGGUGGACCUGGUGCACUACACAAGACAGGGUCUGCAGCGGCUGAAACAAGCCCCCAAAGCCCCCUAAUGCAGGCUGGACUUACCCAAUGCCUUGGAAUGUCUUUGCACAAUUGGAAGCCUUGAUCCAGUGUAGACGACUGUCUGAUCGGGAUGUCGACAACACUCAAGAAGUGAAGCGCCGUGAGAUGGCCUGUACGCUUGCCCACGUAAACUCACAAGCCUGCGUGGCCAUCAGCUGGACACUGGUUAGCAGAACGGACGAUGGUAAAUGAUCUGCCUUUCCCAGCGGAAGGACAGAAGUGCAAUGGAGCCUGACUGGCGUAUGAAUGGUCGAGACACAUUUCUGGUUUUUAUUUUCUGUUGGUUUGGACAAUAGGAUACAAGUUGCAACUGAAAGGAAGAGAGGCAGAUCCCUGUCAUCUCAGUAGCCACACUAGUUCACUUCCAGAAGGAAUUUUUUUUUAAAAAAUAAUAAUUUUUGGUGAAGGGU